AAUCAGGUAGUAUACGUAUGAGACAUGCUCCGUGGAUGAGGUUAGUACAAUAUAUGCUCGGAACACGGCGGACUGGAACCAGUAGUAGUGUCUGCUCCGACGAGGGACGUUGAUCGAUCUUUCCGUUGUGACGUUUAAUACGCGUUGUACGACGCGCGUUUUUCAUGAUGUAGCACCAGAGCAUUCGUGUUGGCAGAGAGAGAGAGAGAGAGACUUGAGCAGGUCGCUGAUAAUCCGAACGAUCGUCCUUUCGUGAUCCUGUCGAGAGGAUCCUCCCCCUCUCCUUUCCUUCGCUCGUUCCCAUUCGAUUCUCGCGUGUGUAUACGGAAAACAUACGUUCCGGGAGAACGUGGAGCCCUCGCGGGACCAGGUAUCAAAGCGCGAGUCGCAACACGGCGUCAAGAUGGCGUGUGCCACGAGCACAGCUGUUGUUUACCCACAAACCCGUGUGGAGCGGGUCACUGGCUGUUGUCGCUGCUGUUGAGGGAGAGGACGAGCGCGUGCACGACUGGCUCCCCCGUCGUCGGGACUGGUCGGGUCGGAACGAUGGGAGAUGCUCGACGAAUGAGCGACUUGGAGUAACGGGGUAUUUUCGAGUGAGCGGCGUGACGGCGACGUGACGAGGACGUGACAGCGACGACGACGACGGCGACGACGGCGACGACGACGACGACGACGACGACGACGAGGGUGGUGAUAGUGGCAGUGGUGAACCGAGGAAAAAACGGGAAGAUUGCCUCGAUGGAAGAGAGCAGCGAGGCCUGCGACGGCGGAAGUCACCAAGUCAGCGGGCACGAAUCGAGCGCGAGAAACUAACCUAGUUGCGUCCGCCAUCGCUCGACACGAGGACGGCGAGGACGGCGAGGCGGGGUGAUCGAGAGUGGAAGCGUCGAUACCGAGGGAGGAAGUGGCGAAGUAUCGUCAUGAAUGCCAGAACGCAGCUGUUUGAAUUGAGUAUGGAGGGACGUCAGGUGGACGAGGCGGUGGCAAGCAUAUUCCAUACUGUGCUCUUCCAUCGAAGUCUCGGCAAAUUCAAGUACAAACAGGAAGGCAGCUAUUCGGUGGGUACUGUGGGAUACCAGGACGUGGAUUGUGACUUCAUCGACCUCACUUACGUUUGCUGCUCGUCGGUGUAUCUCGAUCAGACGUUGAAACGCGAGAUAUCAGGCUUUUCGGAGGCUCUUCGCUCCACCGACAGUCCGGGCUCAGGUCAGAUAUCUCUAGAAUUCUUCCAGAGGAAAAAAAGCCGCUGGCCAUUUCAACCAGAAUGUAUCCCAUGGGAAGUGUGGACGGUACGUCUUGAACUCAUCAAAUUGGCCACCGAACACGAACGGCAGAUAUGUCGGGAAAAAGUGGGCGACUUGCUGACGGAAAAAAUCCUUUAUAUCACCGAGGUCAUGAAUCGACACGAUUACGUUCCAAAAGUGCCGAGUCAGGCCGAACUAGAUUUGAUCUUUGACACUUCGUAUCCAGAUAUACAGCCGUACCUCUUCAAAAUGUCCUUCACGACUUCUAGUCCGUCGACCACUACGAUGGGCAAUACUAUGAAAAAGUUGAUCAGAGAGACACUGUCCAUUUAGUCGUUAUAAAAUAUAGCUCUAAAGUUCUAACAUUAAUAUGUUCGCGCAUAUAGCUUAGAGUCAUCUGAAAAACGCAAAACUUGCUCUUAAUUUCCAUCUACGAUACACAAGUUUCUGUUCACUGCAUUGCACCACGCAAUUUCAUUUUAGAUCUAUUCGUAAUGACUCUAAUCUACCUUAGCUAUUAUUAUGAGUUCCUAAAAAAGAAAAAAAGAUUCUAAAUUUAUGCUACGAAAAAUGGCCCGAAUAUAGAGAAAUUACCAAAAGUACCUGGUGUACUUUACCUGUUGC